AUGAUCCGCUUCAUCUUCACAGCAACAGCUAUAAUAACCAGCUCCUCGGCAAUAUACUUCUACAUCUUCCAUGAACGGCUAUCAAAACGCAUAGCGCACAAAUCGCACAUUGGAACACUCUCCACGGCCACAAAACCAACAAGUAUAGAAUCAAUCCCAGAAACCGUCCUCAGUGAUGAGUACUUUACGCUCUACGACCAUUCCUCAAAGUCUGUGCCGCGGGCCUCCCUCCCUAGCAAUGAGACCACAGACCUGCUCUUCAAACGACUCGUGCGCCGCAACAUGACCGCUUUCUCGCGGUUCCCGCAGGCGCUUGUAAUUGCCAUGGCUAGUAAAACACCGGAGCAGAAGAACAGUUUCAAGGCGGGGUAUCUUGCCGCGCUGGAUUUUGAGGUUGGGGAUUUGGUUUGUGGGGUUUAUCGCGUUGUGGCACGGAGGAGGGAUCGGGUUGAAUUUGAGAUCAAGAUGGAGGCGGUGGAUUUUGUGCAGGGGAGGUUGGCGAUUAGUUAUGAGGAAUGUGGUAGUCAGGAGGAAGACGGGGAGGUUGUGUUUUGUAGUGAGACUGUUAUGUGGAAGAGAGCGGAUGAGGCUAGGAAGAUGCCAUUGGAGAGACCUGUUUUGAGAUGGAUGCAUGAGACUGCGGCUUGGUGGUUGAUCGACUCUGGGGUUAGAUAUUUGAUGGAUUUGGAGGGUUGA